GUCGGACAGCAACAGACAACACAUAUAAACCUCUGCACUCCUCCGUGGAAAGCAUAUCAGGCCAUCUGAACAACAGGAAUUAAGCAUAUCCAAGGAGCAGUUCAAGAUAAUUCAAAACUCAAACGAUGGAGAUGUACCAAGCUGGAUAUUAUACUGAAGAUUUCAGAACACAGGAAGUCCCUGCUGGUUUUGAUUUUGGAUCAUAUGACUGCAGUGGUGAAGACCUGUCCUUUCUAUUAGACAGCAAGGGACCAGGGCAGCUGCAGUACACGGACACGUAUGGAGAACCUCACAAAGACCUGCAGACGUUUGAUGCAAAAGGUAACUCUAAUGGAUCGGGCCUUCUCAACUUGGAUGCCUACCCAGAAUUCAAUUCCUGGAUGUCAUCUUACACCAGCACGCCAGAGGCUGUUAAUUCUGAGCAGCCCCAAGCUGGGUACCAGGACUCCACCUCCACGUUCCAAAGCUUCACACCGCUGUGUACCCCCACCCAAAAUGGGGCUUUUGCUGCUGGCUUGAAGGACGUGACUAGCCUCUACAACCCUGAAAAGGAGACGAGUCAUGGAGGAGCAGCAGGAACGGUCAAUCUGGAUCACCUCGCAGGUGACCCAGUGAGGAACUAUGGUCUCUACGAAACAGAUGUCCAAGGAAGGCCCUCGCAAUACUGGGCUGCGUACUCCCCUCCCAGCUACUGCGCACCUGUAUCUAACCACACUCCAUCUUGUGGAUCCCCUGCUGCACUCCAGCCCUCAGAGCCAUACUGCCCCCGUGUGGUCAAACGCAGAAGUGGACCCUCACAAAGACUGGAGAAGGAUGGCGAGGUGGCAGGAAUGUCAGCGUAUCCUGGUUCGGGGCCGAUUCAGUUGUGGCAGUUCUUACUGGAACUCCUUUUGGAUUCAGCCUGUCGCACGUUCAUCUGCUGGACAGGAGACGGCUGGGAGUUUAAGAUGUCCGACCCUGCAGAGGUGGCCAAGCGUUGGGGCCAGUGCAAAAACAAACCCAAAAUGAACUACGAGAAGCUGAGCCGAGGCCUUCGCUACUACUACCACAAAAACAUCAUCCACAAAACCGCCGGCAAGCGCUACGUCUACCGCUUUGUCUGCGAUGUGCAAGGCAUGCUGGGAAGGACAGCCAGGGAGGUGCUAGCCAGUUUAAACGUCACCCCACUGAAUGCGCCAUCACCCAGCCAGGCUCUAGGGGCCCCGUCAGUAAAACAGGAGAAAAGCACAGAGGCCUGGACUCAUUAACACAACAAAUCACACUCAUAGACUCAUAAGCGCUUCACAACAACUCGUCAAGCAGAACUGUGAUCCUUCAGAACUGUGAUCGGUGGGGUCCGCGACCAAUAAUUGUUCUGGACACGUGAAUGUUCUCUCUGACCUAAAAUGUAGCAACAGCCAUGACCUCACUGUGAUUACAUCAUUCCUUAAACAAACAUCCAGCUGAUUUGUGUUUUGGUCCUUAAUGCUCUUCAGACUGUGACAGUGUGGCACUUGUGAUUAUGAGCACAAUGUAAAUGUUUCCUGGUAUGAGUGAGGUUUUUAUUUUUUAUCUUUCCAUACCUGUAGAAUAGAGGCGCUUAUGGUCACAGUCAAACAAACAUUAAUUACAAACGUGUUGCUAUACUAGGAUUUGGUGUAAUUUGAUAUUCACAGAGGUGUGAACUAUGACCUGUUUAUUUCAUUACCUACCUCUCUUGCUUGAAAUAAAGGCAACCAUUAUUUGAGGGAAGCCAAUGCUAGCUAUUUCAUCAUGAGAAAAUGUUUCCCAUCUGAGAUAUACUUUGUAAAACCGAAAUGUUUGUAAAUAAAGUGUACAUAGAUUUGAAUA